UUCGAUGUUGGAGUACGUCGAGUCCAAGCAGAAGUCUUCAUCUUCCAUGGAGUCUUCUGCGAAGUCUUCCACGGAGCCUUCGACGAUAGAGUCUUCUUUCACGAACUCGACCACCGAAGUCCCCGAGUAUCUAACAGGGCUGGUAAACGCGACGAACGAGGAGACGUUCGACGAACCACCGGAUAGCAUCGCGAUGAACGUCGUCGACGCUCGGGAACCGGCCAAGAAGAACGACAUGGACGAUGAUCGAGACAGGCGCAGGGCUGUCAGGAGCGUGGACAAACGUCGAAAGCGUCGUAAAAAGCACAGAGCGAAAAGGAAACGUGAAAGGAAUCACGGGAGACGCGACAAAGCUGCGGGUGCUAUUGAUCAGCCGCGGCACAAGAGCGCUGGCCACAAAGCUGCCGCAACGCGACGGAAACGCGACUAUUUGGACAAAGAUUUUUGGGCCCCGUUCCACCAGGGGUUCGAGGCACCUGUGAUCUACAGCUCCAUGGACAUGGUCGAUGCGUCGACGAGCGACGGCAGCCAUCAGAAACAGAGCCUCGAGGACCAGAGCUCCGGAAAGAGUGAAUCGUCGAUAGGCGUGCUGGUCGACGAAUCGGGGAAAGACGGCGACGAUUCCGAUCCGAAUAGUUCGGAGAGCGCAUCGACGAAGUGCUCCAGUGCACCGACGGAACAAGUGACGGAGAUGGAGCCGAUAACGGGCAAGAACCAAGUGGAGGACGAGAUUCUGCUGUUGAACAAACAGCAGUCGUGGAGGAAGGCGAACGAGGAGCAGCUGGAGGAAGUCGCUUUCGGCGAGGACAUGAGAAAAGGGUUGCGGGAGAAGAAGCUGUUCGAGAAGCUGACCGAGAUCGACAAGGAGAAGAGCAGUAGCAGCAGUAGCAGCAGUAGCAGCAGCAGCGCGUCGUCGUUAAGGGGCAAGAGGAGGGACAAUGGUUUCUCGAUCAGUUCGGAGGGCAAUGAUUUGCGGGGGUGGCAUGCGUCGGAGUAUCACAGUGGCAAAGAUUGCGACACUUAUUUAUCGGAUGAGGAGAAACUGCGGCGGCUCGAGGAGAAGAUAAAUGUUUAUUCGGAUAACGACCGCGAUACACGGAGGAGACAAGAGGCGAAAGGUUGAACGCGAGGCGAGGCGAGGCGCGGCGAGGCGAGGCGAGACGAGGAACAGAAGAAAGUUACGAGAGCAGCCGAAGAGUCAACAAGUUCACCCGAACGCCGGGGCCGAUAAAUUACAGGCUCGGCCGAGAUGUUAAAGAGACGGAGGGACGCUCGAUUAAGAACUCCAGGAUUGAACAUUGAAAAACUGACAAUAUCCGAAGUCCUGUUCCCGGGGAAACCGCGGCGGUAGCUCCACGGAGCAGCCGGAGAGCCCCGGGAAGUCUCGAAGAAUGUCGAACAUCUCUAUCCGAAGUUUCGCCUAACUUCCAGGAAACUAAAAGCGGAAGCGGAUCCUUUUAACCGGUGUCGUUUCACCGCGUAAUAAAGUUGUCGCCCCGUGCGGCAGGAUCAACAAUUAAUUUUAUAGCCGCGCGAAUUUGUAAUAAAAUUUUCAUCGACCAUACCAUAUACCAUCCGCGGACCUGAAUUUUCGACGGUGAUUGCCCGUACGCGAAUAAAGUAGACGCCGACGUAUUUA